CGUUUUUCCACGCUGUCAGUCUGCUUAUUGAUGCAUGACAUCAGCUGAGUACAUCAUGACUGUGCAUUAUGCGUUCAUAGACAUCAUGUGUCGUAAUAAAGAAAGAAAUACAGUAUUUUACAACAGUUUUAGGAAGACGUUAAAAUAGUUAAGUUGAUUAAUCAUGAAUCGUAGAGUCCCAAAGCUUAUAAUUAAACCGGAUUCCGGAUCGAGUCGCGCUUCGACACUCAUAUUUGAUGGGACGAAGCCGACAACGCGAAAGAAACGACAACAAGUUAGUUCACUUGCCCUGGACGCCCAGGAGAGUCUUAUUUCUACUAACACCUCGCAACCACCAAGCCCAAGGAAAAAGUUGUAUAGACGACGAUCUAAAUCAUACCAGGAAUUAAACAAAGCGAAAUAUCCUACUUCUUCAAGCAGUGACUACGGAGCAUCUCCGCGAUAUGAGACCCGAUAUUCACCACGAAAAACGACCGUUUCCCAACGUACAGGAAAACUGCAAACGUCCAAAUCGACACCGUCACUUUCUGGCUCAAAUAGCAUCAGAAAAGAAGCCCCAACGGACGUCUCAAAAACGGGAACGCCUUUUUUAAUUCGAGAAUCGAAACUAAGCUCUUUGAAACCAAAUGAUUAUGAUCGAGUUAACAACAGCGAUAGUUCUAGUCGUAUAUCUUUCCGCGUCGGACAACCCCUCACAAAAUUGAUGACGUCAUCAGUGCGUAUAUUCGACGGGACGAAGCCAAUGCGAAAACGUUCUACGAUUUUAAUGUCGGAUUCAAGUGAGAAUGAAAACAUGGCGCCUUCUUCAAUGCCGCCUCCCUUAACGAAAGCAACAUCCGUGGGCGGCAUCAAGGAGUACCUGAAAGAAUACACACGCAAGCGAUUCAAGGCAAACUUACCGGAGGGUAUGGUUUCGAAUCCAAUGCUUGCAGAACUACGCGAGAAACCAGGGCAAAUUGGCGACGCUGCAAGAAAGAGAUCCGAGUCCGCUGUUACCGCAAUGAGGCGCCAGAGAAAACUGAUAAACGCUAACCGUAUAACGCUACCCCUACUCAAACAUAAGCGAGCCAGCUUUCAAGGCUUGGGAAACUUCGAGAGGUCAGAAAGUGACGUAUCAUCGGGAGAUAUAACAGACUCCAUACGCGGCGGCAGUGAUUCGGUACCCGCAAGACGAAAGCGAAAAGCGACAUCGAGCAAAGCAACUCCCAACCAAAACAACCUACAAACGUAG